AUGGCACAAUCAUCCUCCCCUCCACAGUUAUCCAAACAUCCCAUCCCGCUAUCGGCCAAUGCGAACGGUGGCACCAAUGUCUUUCCCUUCGUGCCUCGCAAGGAGUUCAUUCGCGAUCCCCGAGUCAUCUCUUCGUUCUCUCUGCUGGCCCUCUCCGGUGCCAAUCUCGUCAGAUUGUAUAGCUUUCCCCCGCUCGUAACAUCUGCUCUCCGACGUCUAUUCGACCAGCAGGACUUACUCGUUAGCUUCCGCGAGCUUUCACAGAAACAGUUCUUUGAGUUCUGUCUCGACCGCAGGCCCUGGGCAAGUCCGAAGAGCAUAGAAUCCGAGAAGUUAGUCGUUGGCAUCCUGUCAGCCGUUCUACAGUGCGGAUACUCUUUUAUGUCUUCCGUUGACUACGGCCGUGAGCCAGACGACCGUAUUGCGCUCGUCUUCUCCAAGCCCGUGUCCGUGUCCUCUUCUUCUGGCCCGAUUACGACCGGUUCGGCUGCCACUCUUCAUCCAUCCCGGGCGCCUUUUGCGAUAUCCUUUGUAUCCCCCAGCAUUUUGCGCGUCGUCGACCCUCCUCUACCUUCUACUCCAGCCAUUCUACAGGCGGUCAGAGGCUCAUGGCCUCGUGGGGUUGUAUCGGAAAAGAAACUUGGGGACGCUACUUAUCAAUUCAAGCUGAAAGGCUAUAAGUUCUUUCAAGAGGACACCUUUGCGGCUGAUUCGCUCCAGCAAAUCUUGAGUCUUCUCACCACACUCGAUAGCCACGCGUUCACAUUCCUCACCUCUUUGACUCUAACGAACCGGUCACGGAAGCAAGAUCUCUGGAUUUUUAUUGGACCGUUGGAAGAUACCCCAGUCUUCGACUCGCCUCAUUCAAGCCCGGCUCCCUCUAGCCAGGAGUUACGAGGGGAUAGCUUACCAUAUACUGCCCAGGCUCCCAAUGAGAAGCUCGUGCCAAUCGGUUCGUCCUACCGAGCAGGCGGCGCCAUGCCUGCUGCUUCAUCUCCUCUUAAACCGAUUUCCUCUGCACAGAAGGUACAGAAUAACAUACUGCGUAAAGCGUCCCAGCAAGUGCCUAUUCCCCUGGCGAUGAUACCAGACAGCGAUAGUGCAGCCAACUCUCCUGUUGAGAAUAAGCAACAUCCAUUCUCGAGUAGCAUGGGCAGUGUUGACAUGACUGGCAUCGGUUCCGGGCGAGGCAAGGGAGGUGAGCGGUUGUCGCGGUCUCCAGAUGUCCUAUAUAUGACCGCUGGUGUUCCCGGCUAUGCACACACAUAUGCAUAUCGAGCUCCCUGGCAGGCAGUAGGGUAUAUGAUGCCCCCGUCGCACCCGAUUCUACCAUCUAUGCAUGCCAGCUUCGGCACGGACGUACGAACUUUGGAUCAUACGCUGUCUGACACAGAAACAGCUGCGCCAGCGCUGCCUUCUAGCAUCCCACCACCCGAGACUAGUGCUACUCAGCCGCUUCCAUCAGUCAUCAGUACGUCGCCGUCGGCGCCCCCCAGUACAAACGGACAGCUUCCAACUUCCAAAGAGCAAGGUACCCCAAUGCCUUCUUCUGGAUCAGUAGGAAAUGGAUAUUUCCAAAGUUCUCAUUCAUCAGGAAAUCUACAAAGAAGUGGGUCGAAGGGGAAAGACCUCUCAUUGAAAUUGGACAUUCCCGAUUUUCCUCGAACUCCUACGCCGCCCCUACUCAGUCCAGGCAUCUUUGAAGGCGAUUCUGCAUUUUCCUCUGCGACGGCGCAAACUUCCCUGGAGGUUCCAUUUACAUACCCAGGGCAUGAGUCAGAGUUAGGCCGUAGUUUCCUAGCUGAAAUUAAGGAAGAGGACGAAGGUGGAAGGCAGCGGGAAGUCAAAGACACAUCCCGUGAGCGGCCUCCACGAGCGCACAUUCAGAGAUCCACCGGUCCGUUCUACCUUGGCGCUUCCCAAGGUGCUCCCACUCCAAAAGACGAGAGGCGCUAUAAUGACGUAUCGAACAUGUUGCCUCCAACUAUCAUAGAACGUCCCAGUCAAGAGCAAGACCUGCGUGGCCGCUUAGUGAACAAGACCAACAAUAGACGAGAAGGGAGCGAAUCUGACUCCCGCGGGAGAUCGAGUACGCCUCAGUCAAGUAGCGUGGACAAGAGUGGUAGCCGCAGUACAGGUACAGGUAGUCCUGUCGUUAAAAGACCGGCCGCAGCGCGGAGUGAUACAGACAGUUCUGGUUGGGUGUUGGUGAAUAUUGAGAAAGGAGAACGAAGUGCGCAGGAUAGUGGCAAGGGAAAAUCACGGCAGGCGCAGAGUGCAUCCCCUGAUCCAUUUCGCCGAACAAAAUUGGCAGGGAAAAACCCGAACCCCUACCCUCCACCCUCACAGCGGCCGGCGCCACAUACCAGAAGUAGUUCCGAUUCCAAGCUCCCUCGCUCUCAACAGAGCAAGGAGUCGAGGGGCGCAAAGUCCAGCAUGUCUCCAGCGGCCAAAGCCAUUGUGAUCAUUGAUGCAGUCGGUGCAAAGAAGGAACAAGAGAAGUCAAACUCUCAUUCAGGCUUUAGACGCAUCUUCUCGAAGAACAAAGACAAAGAACGGUUGAAAUUGGGGCGCUGA